AGGUUCUUCCUGUUGGAUGUGAACUGCUAGGAUGCAUGGUUGUCUUCAAGGAGUUUAUUUCAUCAGAAGUAGGCAGAAGAGCCCUUGAAUUCAUAUUCUGCCAAUUUGAUGCCUCAUCGAAUGGGGAACAUAGGGAGGAUGAGAAGGAUGCUGAAGAAUGUGCUUCUGAUAAAGCUGAUUGGAGGUUCCCUCCUCCUUUUUUACACUGCUGGAAGAAGUUAUUGAGUCGCUUGGAUGCUGAGGAUGAUACCGUAAACUUAGCUAUUGAAACUGCUUACACCUUGUCAUCAUGUGCUUUACACCUUUGCAUGGAAAAACAGGAUUUUGCGGGUGUUUCAAUAUUGAAGUGUUUCUUUGGUCUCCCUGACGCUUUGCAUGGUGCUGCAAUGCCUUCUGUUGAAAAGUCACAAGAUAUACUUAAGCUGAUAAUUUUGUUUGAGCAGACAAUUAGCAAUGAAAAUUUUACAUUUUCGUCUAUGAAGUUGGAUUUGCAUAAGGUUAGGGAGAUAGUGAAGUCAAUGUUGCUGUUGUUAGAGAUUCCCUUAGUUUCGCAUGUUAAAAUGGAGGAUAUUCCGAGUGAAGGUUAUGUGAAAUUGUCUACGAAUAAAAAAGACAUGGUGAUUUCAUUGCCAGACAUGAUUGCUUAUGACAAUGAGGCUGCAUUUUCUCAUAAUUCGAUUUUCAAGGGGAACAAUGAUAGUGGGAAUCAAUCAUUUGCCUCAGGAUGUCUUGCAGAAAAAUUCAUGUGGGAAUGCCCUGAUUCUUCAUCAGACCGUAUACUUGGUGCAACAUCUGCUGGAAAGAGGAAAUUAGUGUCAACUGAAGUGUCAGCUAAGCGCUCUCGUGAUGGUUUCGCGCCUGAGGUUACUGGCUCAAAUGCAUUUUCUCGGGCGGUUAGCUCAUCCAUCAUUCCAUCUAGCCUUAGUCGAAGGGAUACAUUUCGACAACGCAAGCCCAAUACAAGCAGACCGCCCUCCAUGCAUGUGGAUGAUUAUGUUGCUAGAGAGAGAAAUAUUGAUGUCUUAAAUAGUUCUCAUGUGGGUUCUUCCCAGCGUGGUGGAUCAAGUGGGAGGCCUCCAUCAAUUCAUGUAGAUGAAUUUAUAGCUAGGCAAAGGGAGCGUCAAAGUCUGGCUUUUGUUACUGUUGGAGAGACGAUGCUAGUCAAGCAAACAACGCUUGAGAAUCAAAAUGAUGAUGGUAAACUUGAGAAGUCACAGCAGUUAAAGGCUGAUUUUGAUGAUGAUCUUCAAGGCAUUGAUAUCGUGUUUGAUGAGGAAUCAGGAUCUGAAGAUAGACUGCCAUUUCCUCAACCUGAUGAAAAUCUGCACUCCACUCCUCUAAUUGUUGGAGAAAGUUCUCCGUGUUCUGUUGUUGAGGAGACAGAAGGUGAUGUAAAUGAUGGUGCUCAGCUGUCACAUGUUGGUAGUUCCUUACCAUCUGAAGACAUUGAUUCACGUUCUGAGACGAGCUUGAAGAGAUCUAUGCCACGCGAAAUAUCAGUUGCUUUAGAUGGGUGUGUUUCUUCUAAUAGAACUGCUGCAAUGACUACUGCGGACAAAAUGUCCUUUCCACAGAAUUCUAAUGAAUCAAAGAAUGUGUCGCAUCCUGUGGGCUCUAGGGGUUUUGAUGAUGCCCCCACUGCGAACACCGCUUCUGGCCCUCCAAGUUUGUUGAAUUUCAACUCUGCAACAACUGUUCAACCAAUGCCCGUACCUUCUUUUCUUCAGCGGGAUAACACACUAAAAACUACUUUGGGUUCUUUGCCUUCUGGAUCUUUUGGAUUUUAUGAGCAAAAGCUCUCUAUCAAUCAACCACCCCUCCCCCCCAUGCCUCAUCCAACUGUCUCUGCCAUGCCAACACCAGUUAUUGAACAUGUGCAAGGCCUUCCAUCCUCUUAUCUUCCUAACGUGAGAGAAAUGCAGCCACCCUUUAUUUCAGGAUAUCCAGUGCAGCAUUUUAAUGUUAAUGGUUCAACAAAUCUUCUUGUUCAGUCAGAGAAUGCAUCUUCAAUGAGCUCUUUAGUAUCACUAACUGCUCAGCCUCUUCCUGAAAACAAACUUUUGUGGAAUGUGGAUUCUCCUAGCAGCAGCAAUGCUUCUGCACGACCUACACCGCCACUUCCUCCUACGCCACCUCCAUUCUCCACACCACUUGCUCAAUCAUCGUCAAAUUUUAGUUCCCAAUCUUCAUUAUAUUUGCAAUCCACAAAUGCAGGUCAUAUCCCUCAACUUUCAGCUCCUCUUGCUGAUUUAGGAAUCUUUUCUGCUUCAGGAGCUGGUCUUCCUUUUUCGCUACCUACAUUUGCACCAACAAUGCUGCUCAAUAAACCAGCUGUUACUGGAACAUUUUUUGGCUCACCUCCUCAGCAGCAUGGUCAGAAUCCUACUAGCAUCUCCCAGCCUGCUGCCCCCAAUUCUCAAAUUUCUAUUCAGUCUAUUCCAGUGCAACCGCCGCCGCCGCCGCCGCCUCCUCAGCCACGUGCGCCUCAUCCUUCUCAGAAUGUUGGGCUGCCUAUUCAAGCUCCACAGCCACAGUUUGAGCAAAUGUUGUCAUUGCCUCAGGGCAGUAUUCAAGUUCAAAUGCAACCCCUCCAUAUUCAGCAGCAGCUCCCUCAAUUACAUGUUUAUUAUCCAUCGGCGCAUCAAGAUCAAAUGUCCCAUCCUGUACAACUUCCCCUUGCAGCUCAAAUAAGAAAUUCCAUUCAAGAGGCCGACAAUAUAGCUCAGCAGCAAAAGGAUUCAGGGAUGACACUACAGCAAUACUUUUCUUCCCCAGAAGCCAUUCAGUCUUUGUUGAGUGAUCGAGAUAAACUAUGCCAACUGCUGGAGCAGCAUCCAAAAUUAAUGCAGAUGCUUCAGGAGCGCCUGGGCCAGCUGUAGCUGUAUAAUUUUAUUCCAAAACAUGUCGACUCUUUAACAGAUGGUAAGCUCAAAAACACAUCGACACCUGACUGUUUUUGUUGGGAAUUCUUGCAACAUCUCCAUGCACUUGGGAGCUGUCAACAGCUCUAGGCAGAAGCUGCCUUAGGUUAUCUAUUCACUUCUGGGUGGUCAGCUGUUUUAUUAUAUAUCCAUGUAAAUAUGUAAAAUGUAGAAUUAUCAAUGAGUAUGGACUAUAGGAUUCAGGCUCAUUUGAUUCAUCUAUUGUAUGAUCCAGAAGUUGGGUCUUUCUUUGGGCCUUUUUUGUAUGGUGAUUUUAUUGUUGUUAUCUGCAUUGGAUUAUUGAACUCUCAAAAGAAUAGCACUAUAAUGCAAUUUCUUA